GACGCCGUGCGUGCUUGGAAGCUUUGGCUUUUCCUCCUGCGCAUGCUGCUUUCCCGCCCCGCCGGAACUGACCGAGUGCCGAAACAGGCCGGCGCCCCAGCCAGGCCCACCACCAACACCACAGAUGACUUGCCACGCCGACUGGAGCGCGCCACUCUCCAACAGCUCACGGACCCCUCGCGGCGGCCAGCUGAGCCUUACCGCCCGCUGGCACGCCGCGGUGCUGCGCCAGGCCCCAGCGGCUAUACGGCUGAAAUCCUCCGCUUGGUUUUGGACGAGGAUGAUGCAUCACAACUGUUGUGUGACGUCGCUUCCUUGCUCGCUCAAGCGCAUGUGCCGGAGCCCGCUGUCGAAGGCCUUGCGCUGGGCCGCCUCGUCGCCCUCAGCAAACCAGGCGGGGGCACGCGAGGCUUGGUGGUUGGCGACUUCCUGCGACGGCUCGUUGCCAGGACCAUUGCACAACAGUUCGCCUCCAACUUCGAAGCCGCCUGCAAUCCCUACCAAUAUGCCCUCUCCACGCGGGCCGGCCGACCCGAACUUGACACUCCUGUCGGUUGA